AUGGCCAACAUCAUGAGUACGCGCCCCAUUGAGUUAUUCAUGGAAUACCUACAUGGGCCAGCAACGAAGGCACCUGAUCUCCGUCUUCAACGGUGUAUUGGAUUCGAAAAAUGGGACUUCACCCCAUCCUUUGGCUACUACCCUCGGACAGAACACUACGUCAAGAAAAUGAUAUUUUUUAUAUACCAAGAAAACCAUAACAUGCGACCGCAAACUCUCACACCCAUCCAAGUCAUACCAUAUCGGCUCAGCCGCAAGAUCCUCUGGCUCGCCCUUCAUGGCGCACCAAGCCGGUCAAUAGCUUGGGCGAUGAGAAAUGACUUUGAAGAACCACUUGAACGAGGGCGCUUUCUCUGGCGCACGAGCCUAGAGCAACAACUUGAAAUCACCGAAACUUUCGUUCGAGUCUCAAUUGGUGGCAUGGCUGGGCGGUCGCACUAUGUUAGUAGAGAGUUUUACGUGAAAAUGGCGACGGACAAGCACGAGGGAAAGAAUCUGGACUAUUGGAAAUUCAAUCCUGGAUGUCUCUAUGAUGCCAUUGAGCAUGCAUUGCUAGAUGAAGGCCAAGAAAUCUGCUCUGCUCGACCAAAGUGUCAUACCACUCAUGGAGAGGCUACAGACGCAGUCGAUGAUGAGGAGAGGUGGCUACUGUGGAGGAGUAUCGAGGGCCCCACGCCAAGAUCUUCACACAGAAUCCCCAAAAAGAUGAGAGACUUCAUGUUCAAUCGGGCUAGGAGUGAGAAGAUGAAACAUUGUGUUGAGGAACUUUUGGGUUAUGGAGAUGGGGAGCUGAACUGCGACAAGGAGGUCGGAUUGAUCCACAGAAUGAUGGACAAGAUCAUGUCAACUAAAUCGAUCAAUUGGGAGCUUCCUGGACCAAGACCCUUUUCACCAUACGUGGGUACUGGAAAGAACCCUGGAAAGAAGUCUGGAAAGAAGUCUGGAAACACGCUCGAAGAAGCACUUGAGGCCGUGAAAUUGUGA